CUCCAGGAACGGGAAGUAGAGGGUCUGCAGGAAGAGCAGAUGAACACUCUCUACUAAACUCUACACUUUGUUGAAUGUGCGUUCAACGGCUGGUGUGUAUAUUGUCUCGAGUCUGGAUGAGGUGUGUCCAGCAGUAGGAGUGUGUGCUGUUGAUGGGGCUUUCAGCGUGAGGAUGAGCGACUCGUUAGAGAGGACCACAGACUCCCCCCUGUCUCGCCCCUUGGAAAAAGCCCCGGGCGAGACCUCCGACCCUGGGCAGGAGGAGGGCGAGGAGGAGGGGGGCGAUGGAGACGGGAUGCGCUGGGAGGACGGAGGUCUGUCCGUGGAGCUGCAGAGGGGGAUGGAGACACUUCGUGUGAGUGGAGAGCUGACCGAUGUGACUCUGAGAGUCCAGGAACAAGACUUUCCCUGCCACAGAGCUGUGUUGGCUGCCGCCAGCUAUUACUACAGGGCGAUGUUCUGCAGUGGUCUGAAAGAGAGCCGUGAGGACCUGGUGGAGAUUAAGGGUGUGGACAGUGAGACCAUGAAGACCCUGCUGGACUACACAUACACCAGCCGAGCCCACAUCACCCACACCAACGUCCAGAGAACACUUGAGGCCGCCAGCUUGUUCCAAUUUCCCCGUGUAGUGGAAGUCUGUGCAGAGUUCCUGGCUGACUGUCUCCAGCCGGAGAGCUGUGUGGGUGUGCUUCUCCUGGCAGAGGCCCACUCCCUGCCUGCUCUGAGGGACAGGGUCCUGGGUUACUUGGUCAGAGAGUUCUCCAGUGUGGUCCAGCAGGAGGAGUUUGUGGAGCUGCCAGUGAGGGCGCUGGAGAGCGCCCUGAUGAGCGACAACCUGGGAGUCACACAGGAGGAAAUUGUGUUUGAGGCCCUGAUGCGCUGGGUGCGGGCGCGGAAGGACGAGCGCAGCCACUUCCUGGCGGGCCUCCUGUCACACGUGCGCCUGCCACUGCUGGAGCCGGCUUUCUUCCUGGAAAAAGUGGAGGCCGACAAGCUGAUUCGCCGCUGCGACAAGGCCUUCCCCCUGCUACAGGAGGCCCGCUCCUACCACCUGUCGGGCAACGAGGUGGUCUCGGAGCGAACCAAGCCCCGUUUGCAGCACUUCCUGUCCGAGGUGUUCAUGAUCAUCGGAGGCUGCACUAAAGAGGAGCGGUUCGUUGCCACGGUGACCUGCUUUGACCCCCUGCGCCGCAGCAGGUUAGAGGUCGCCAAGCUGCCGUUCACGGAGAUGGAGGAGGAGUCUCACAACCGGAAGUGGGUGGAGUUUGCAUGUGUGACCUUCAGGAAUGAGGUGUUCAUUUCUGGAGGGAAAGAGACGCAGCAUGAGGCGUGGAAGUACAACGGUGCCCUGGAUAGGUGGAUCCCCAUUGAGCCCUUGGCAACUGGACGCUGGAGACACAAGAUGGCAGUUCAUGGGGGAAAAGUGUACGCACUGGGCGGGUUCGGAGGGACUCAGAGACUCACUAGUGUGGAGGCCUACGAACCCUUUCACAACCGCUGGACACAGGCCCCACCCCUCCUGUUAGGUGUGAGCUCAUUCUCUGCAGCAAGUUUCGACAAGUGGAUCUUUGUGAUUGGAGGCGGGCCAAAUGGGAAGGUGGCCACUGAUAGGCUGCAGUGCUGGGAGCCGGGGACCAAGAGCUGGAGCAUGAGGUCUCCCAUGCCCGUCGAGGCCAAGUGUACCAAUGCAGUCACGUUCAGAGAACACAUUUACAUAGUUGGGGGGGCCAUGCAGGCCCUGUACUGUUACGCCCCCCAGACAGACACCUGGUCUUUGGUGACCCAGCUGGGCGACAGGGCGAGCUGUGCCAUCGCCUCCUGCAACAACAAACUCUUUAUCACCGGUGGUCGUGACGACAAGAACCAGGUCAUCUCCACGGUGAUGUGCUGGGAUCCCGUCACAUCAACGAUGACCGAAGAGUGUGUGUUACCACUCGGAGUAUCUCACCAUGGGAGCGUCACACUCCACAAGUCCUACACACACAUACGAAGGAUAGCAACUGGGCCGGUGUGAGGGGGGGGGGGCUGUUGAUGUGAGAAGUCACAUGUGGUGAAACGAUAUGGGUGGGAGGAGCCUGGACUGUGUGUGUGUGUGCGUGUGUGUGUGUGUGUGUGGUUGUCAGCAUUUAUACUUGAUUGCACUUAUUCUUAGUUGCCGGAUAUAAAAACAUCUGCCAAAUGAGUAAAUGUAAUGCUGAGAUUUCUACCAUACAGAGUCAGUAACACAUUCGAACGGUUAGCAAACCACUAAAUGGAUUUUAAUGUACACUCACAUUAAAUGUCUUUUCACGCCCCAAUGCAGGAGUGUUUAAUUACAAAGCCAGUUUGAUCCCAUCGCUCCACUGUACGUCUGUUUGAGGUUCCCACUCAAACCAGUGUGUUCACACUGGUUCACUCCCUCACAUACCUCUGUCAUUCACACAUGUACAGUCAUGUGGUUACUAUGAAGAAACACCUGUAGUCUGGGUACCAGUCUCUCUAGCAACCAUUCCACUCCCUUGGGUCCAUGGGUCAAGUAUUUUAUCAAUCAAAUGUGGCUCAUUACACAGAGUUCCAAGAGUGAUAUUUCAGCUAAAGAUACUGGUCUACCCAUUAUUCUGAUGUUAUCUCACUCACACACACACGUGAGCACUCUCUCUUUCACUCA